AUGAAAUCUGGGGAAAUGAGAUUAGCGACUGUGUUCAAGAUCCCGCAACAUGAAGAUGGCCUCGACCCAUUCAUAAGUAAGCAUCUAGCUGAAUACAUGCUCGACGAUGUAUUCAGCCAGGAAUUUCUCGCCGUUGUUGUAUUUAUUGUACCUCGCAAAUCCUGCGUAUCAAAAGAGGAGAUUAAAGUUCUUGAGGAAAAUGGCAUGAAGGAAUAUAUAUUCGUCUCGUCGACAGAUUACUCCCCGGGGCCCCAUGUGAUUGUGGAUCAAGAGCUUAGAGAAGUGUGGAAGCUGGUCGAGGAUUCAUAUGCAAGCUGUAUGGUUACGCUGAAACCACAGACAGGCCCGUCGAGUGCGCUGGAGCCAUUUCGGGUAACCAGUCAAGAUGGCCAGGACCUCAGCUUUGCCAUACCGUCGCGUAUCAAGAGCUAUGGCCAUGCUUCUCCUCUAGGAGGACUGCGCGUCUUGAUCAAGGAUAACAUUGACCUGAAGGGAAUUAAGACGUCUGUUGGCAAUCGUGCCUUUUAUAAUACUUUCCCUCCGAAAGAAGAAAGUGCCGACUGCGUUCAGAAGUUGGUGAAUAGUGGAGUGGUUGUAGUUGGCAAAACGAAGCUGAACUCCUUUGGGAACUGGGAAGAGCCUAUGGAGUAUACCGACUAUCAGGCCCCGUGGAAUCCUAGGGCAGAUGGAUACCAGUCGCCAGGGGGGAGCAGCUCAGGCAGUGCCGCGGCCAUCGUAGCCUAUGACUGCCUGGAUAUUGCCCUAGGCACCGACACGUGGGGCAGCAUCACCCGUCCCGCCCACUGGUGUGGCUGCUUCGGCUUCCGUCCCAGCAUUGGAGCCAUCUCUACGAAGGGAAUCGAACCAUAUGUCCAAUCCUGGGAUAUCCCUGGAUUCCUAGCAAGAGACCUUGGACACUGUAGAGAAUUUGCCGCUGAAUGGCUGGCAUUCGAUGAGUUCGAGAAAGCCCCUGAACAAUUUUCCUCCAUCAUCUGGCCAACUGACUACUGGAAAAUAAUAGAUGCAAAGCAAGCUAGUGAAGCAAAGUCAUUUGCGCAAAGGGCGGCUGCUAAGCUAAACGUUAAUCUUGUAGACAUAUCAUUUGAAAAAUGCUGGAGUGCGUCGCCGCCAACUAAAGUUGCGACUACAUUACAACAGUUUAUCAAUCCCGCUACUGAAGUUUUGGCGUUUGAUGUAUACCAGAACAGCGAGAAGUUUCGCCUUCGCCAUGAGGAUUUGUUUGGGCGAGCGCCAUACACAACGCUUCAGAAUGAGCGGAUCUGGUCCGCUGGAAAAGCCAUUACUCAAAAACAAAGAGACGAGGGUUUCAAGAGGAUCAACACAUACCGUGAGUGGUUCCAACAGGCAGUUCGAGCAAAUGAGAACACAAAUGCCAUCGUGAUUAUGCCGAUUGAGAGUGCAGAACCAAGAUAUAGAGACGAAUUCCCAGAAUUCCGGAGGCCGCCUCAGGGUGGCAUAAACGCCUUGGCUCUCGGACCCGUCACAAAGUCACCAGUCCUCGCUAUCCCAAUUGCCGAGGUUCCAUAUCAUUCGAGAGUCAGUGGCCAAGAGGAGAGACUGCCAUUCGCAGUAGCCCUUAUGGGAACUCCAGGCUCCGACUUGCAGUUGAUUGAUACUGCAAUCGAAAUCUUAUCACACUUAAAUCUCCCUACAGUUGUUCAAACUGGAAGGCACAUGUACAAGAAGCCCGAGCAGUGA